GAAGAAGAAAUUUAAUUUGAGGUUAAGGUAAUGUGAUAUAAAAUAUGUCAAAGUUUUUAAAAUGUUUUUAUAAAAUUAUGGUAUCUUUAAAAAAGAAAUCUUAAUGAAUUGUUAACUCUUUUAACAACAAGAAAUCAAAAAUAUGAAAGACAUAAAAGCAUUAUUAAAAGAAGCCCGCGAGGCUAUAAAAAAUAAAAAAUUUGAUGUAGCACUUAAGUUAUCCAAAUCUAUUUUAAGGGAAGAUAAGGCCAAUUAUAUGGCAUUAGUGUUUCUAGGAUUAGCUUUACAAGAAGUGGGUCCAGUAGAGCAGGCUUGUAAAGCAUUUCAAAAAGCUAUAGAACAUAAUCCCACAAAUCCUUUAGCUUGGAAUGGAUUGGUGAUUUAUUAUGAAAAAUUGGAAUCUGAUGAAGCUAAAAGUAAACUAGUAGACACAUACCUUUCCGCCCUCAAAGUUGAAACAAAUACAAAAAAAAUACUUGAAUAUUCUGAAAAGUUAUGUAAAUUUCAGAACAAUAACAAUUUGGUUGACAUAACAAAUGCUGUUUUUAAUUGCUCCACAAAAUUAGGAUCUGACUCUCAUAAAAUGUUUGACAUUUUGGCUAAAUUUUAUGUAACUUUAAAAGAUACUCCACAUGAGUUGCUAGCUGUCUUUGAAACAUGUUUUUCUGAAUUGCUUAAAUUAAGAGACUAUAGAAGUAUUGAAUAUUUUUCUUCCUAUAUAAAUUUACUAUAUCGACAACAUAAAUAUGAAGAAGUGUUUGAAGUUGCAGAAGAUGUGCAUGUAUUUUUUGAAAAUGAUAUUGUGUCUCUAGUUUGGUUAUGUAAAGUAUAUAAUCAAUUGUUUGUGGAGGAAUCAAAAUUAGUGGAUAAAUUUACCAAUAAAAUAAAAGAAUAUUUUCCUCAAUUAUUAUUAUUAGAACCAAAAAAUGCAAUUGGGUUAUUUACAAAAGGUAUUCAACUAUUUUUAGAUAAUAAGCUGAUAGAUUGUAAAGACAUUUUAAGUGAAGUUUGUAAUUUACGACCUGGACUUGUUCAUGCUUGGGUGUUUUUAAUGAAUAUUUGUUCUAAAUUAAAUCAUAAUGAUGAUGCUAUGCAAGCUUAUUUAUCUGCAACUAAACUACUAAAGUCUACAAAAUAUACAAAUAGUAUUCUAGAUAAUAUAUUAACAGACUCACAUUUAAAAAUAUUGUCAAAGUCUAAAAAUGAAAAUGACUGGAUAGAAGCUGUAGAAAUUUAUAAAAAUACUUUAGAUAAAAAACUUAAAAGUGAAAAUUUAGAAAAUAUAAUAUUAGCUUUUAUUAACUUAAAAAAAUAUCCAGUUGUUCAGUCAUUACUUGAAAAUUUAGAAAGCCAAAAUGAACUAAGUGCCAGAUUUUUAAAGGCAAAAUUGUGUAAAAAGCAAAUGAAAUUUGAUGAAGCUUUAAGUAUUUUAGAGUCUGAUACACCUAAUAUGUCUGAAUGGUUUACGGAAAUUGGCUUAAUUUAUUGGACACUUAAAGACUAUAAAAAGUCACUCAUACCUUUUCUAAAAGCUUCAAAAUAUGAUCCAAACAAUUAUAUUUGCUUUAUCAAUUUAGGAAAUUAUUAUCAAGAAAUAGAAGAUUUUGAUAAAGCAAGAAGGUGUUAUGAAAAAGCAUUCAGUUUGAAUAAAAACUCUCAAGAAAUAGUAGAAAAUCUUAGCAAAAUUUAUACAAUAUUAAAGAAAUGGGAUUCUACUCAAAAUUUGCUUGAAGCAAUAACUGUUGGGCCUAUCAACCAAAAAAAUUGUUGGGCUUGGCUGCAACUAGGGUUGUGUUAUUUAGAACAGGAAAACUAUUCAAAAGCUAUAGAAAAAUUACAGUUUGUGGUGAGGGUAGAAAAAGAAAAUACCAAUUGCUGGCAAUGUUUAGCAGAUGCAUACUUUGCUAGAGGAUCAUAUGUAUCAGCUCUGAGAUGUUAUGAAAAAUCCUUGGAAUAUACAGAAAAUACAUUAUAUCCUUGUUUACAGAUAGCUAAUAUAAAGAAAACAAUGGGUUUGUAUGAUGAAGCCUGUGCAGAAUUUAAAGAAAUAAUUUUAAGUAAUCAACAAUGCUUGCCAGCUUUAAAGGGUUUAUCAGAAACCUAUUUGUAUCAAGCUAAAGAAUGUUAUAGAGAUCAGCGUUUAGGAACAGUAAGAAAUCAUUUACAAAAUGCAUUAAACUAUAUAACAUUGGCUAUAAAGCAAAAUAAGUUAUUUUCAUGUUUAUGGAAGAUUAUAGCUGAUGUUUGUAUUUUUAUUACAAAUUUGCCUGAUAAUUAUUGUUAUUUAAAUGUAACCCAGGAACUUGUAGAAGGUAAUGAUAAAAUAGAAAGAGAAGAUUUGUUCCAUUUAGCCACUACUUGUUACUGUAAGGCUAUAUCUUUGAAUGAAAACAAUUUAUUGUGGCAUGAUCUAGCAUCCUGUUAUUUAAAGCAUGCUAAGUGUAUAGAAAAUAAGAAUGAUAAAGACAUGCUUUUAUCAUAUGCAAUGACUGCAGCAAAACAUUGUGCAAUAUCUAACCCCAAACAUUGGCAACACUGGAAUUUACUUGGUAAUAUUGCUAUGGAGCAGACACCUCCAAAUUAUGCCCUAGCACAACAUUAUUUUAUUAAGGCUGUUACCAUUGAAAAUAAUAAUCCAGUCUCUUGGGGAAAUUUAGGGGUUUUAUAUUUUAUUGUAGGAGAUAUUAAAUUGGCAAAUAAAGCAUUUGCACAAGGUCAAAGGUCAGAUCCAAAUUAUGUUAAUAAUUGGAUAGGACAAGCAUUAAUAGCAGAAACUAUGGGAGUUGAAGAGGCUAUGGAUCUUUUUAGGCAUAGUGUGCAACUCAGUCAUCAUCAACAAGGAGCAAUUGGCUAUGCACAUUGGGUGUGUCGAACUUUACUGGAAGCUCCACAGAAGACUUUAAGUUAUUCUAUAGAAGAAAUGCAUGCUAUACCUGUAGCUUGUGACGCUAUGACUUGGUACACAGAAAACAAUGAUAAGGAUGGAUGUGCUUGGACACUGCUUGGUAUUUUAAAGGAGCGAUUGAAUCUAAAUAUAGGCAGCUUGGAAGCUUUCAAGAAUGCAUAUGAUUGUUCUCCAAAUCAGCGAGACUUGGCCAGAGUAAAUUACGGUAGAUUACUUUCAAAACACGAGAAGUAUGUUCAAGCUAUAAAUAUCUUUCAAGAGGUAGAAGUAGCUACCUUUAGUUCUGGUAGUGGUUUGGCCUUAGCAUUAUUCAAAAGUCAACAUUAUGAAGAAUCGUAUGCCGCCUAUGAUCAAGCGUUACAUUGGUUAACUGAGGAACAAUCUCAUCAAUCAGAAUUAUUAGUAGCGUUAGCAUCAAUGGCAUACAUGUUUCAGGGUUUGGAAGGAGCUAAAACUCUUUUAUUUCAAAGUAUACAGUUAAAACCGCCAUCUCCUUGGGGUCUCUACGCAACAUUAGCUUUGGGUUUGGUCCACAGGGAUUUCGAACUGGCAGAGCUGGUAUUAAAAGAAUUAGAACAUUUAAAAGAUAAAAAAGACUGUCUUCCACAUUAUGCGGUGUUAUUAUGUUUAAAAUUUUUAAGAGAAGAAAAACCUGAUAAAGCCGUCAAAGAACUCUCAAAAUUAGUUCAUAGACAUCCUGAUAAUGCAAAUAUUUGGCUUGUACUAGCAAUAACUAUUUUAAGAGUUAAAAGUGAACAUAAGAGAGCUAAAGCAGCUGUAAAGUGUUCUCAAAUUGCUUUUCAACUCGGGCAAUCUAAUAUAAACAUUACAAAAAUUUUGGGAUGUAUAUCCCUAGGACAUCUACUGGCAGGUGACAUAAAAAGUGUACUGAUAUCAGCGCAAAAAGCUAUUUAUUGUUAUCCAAAUUUGGUUGAUGGCUGGGCAGUACUUUUAGCGGCUUUAGUCAAGGAUCAAAAUCGAUACUCCAAGGAAUUCGUUUCAAGUAUAUUUGACCAUGUGACGAAUUUAAAUCCAUCCGAAUUACUGAUAAAUUGGCUUAAGAAAAUUAAAAAAACUUUAGGUUAGUUAGCUAUUGUAUGACAUUAUAUUUAUAUAUGAAUAGUAUAUGACUUAAUUGUAUUUAUAUUGUAUUAAUUUUUUAUUUUAAUUAAAAUCUAUAAGGUUUUAA